AUCAGGUGUGUGAAAGUGAACUUUUCUCUUUCUCCUCUCUAAGAUGCUUAUUUCUUCAGAGUAGUCUAGGGAAGAUAUUCCAUCGGAGACAAAAAGGUGAUGAUGAUGAUGUUUAAGUGCAUAACAAGAUUAUUAACAUGAGCAUGCAGGAGAGACAGUCUUACACUAAUUUUUGCAUCAUUACACUGGCUCUCAGGCUUUUUAAGGAAAGAUUUUAAAGUUCUGCUGUUGGCUUUAAAACAUUCAGCGAUUUAGCACCAUCAUAUACUGUAUAAUGAACUGUCUGUCAUUCUGUAAGAUCUUGUACUACAAAUGUGCUUAAUAUAUCAAAAUCAACAACCUGACACAGUUUUUUGUUUUCAAGUGGCAAAUAAAUUGAUUGAAAUCUUUUAGAAUUUUUUUUUUACAUUAAUUUUUUUCUACCAUAUUUUAUAUUAUUAUUAUUAGUAGUAGUAGUAGUAGUAGUAGUAGUAGUAUAAUUUUAUUCCCUUUCAGUGCUUUAUUAUCCUAUUAUGUUUAUUAUUGCACUUACUGUAUAUGUGCAUCCUGAUCCUGUUAUCGUCAUUGUUGUUUACCAGAUAGAACAGACCAGUAGAAAGAAAUGUAGAAGACACUGAUGAAGACGAAGGAUGUAGAGAAAGCUGACUGGGUGUGUAGGGGUGAUGCAGAAUUUGCCUUUUCUGGUAGUUGUCAAGAAGGAAAAACGAGGACACGAGAGGAUUUUCUGCACCAGACACCAUGGACGAGGACUUUGAACGCCGCAGGGAGCUCCGGAGACAAAAGCGAGAAGAGAUGCAAAGGGAAACCGAAAAGAUGAGCUACUUAAAACCUGAUGACGAUGAUGAAGAUGCUGCUCGAGAGAGAAGGAGACGAGCCCGACAGGAAAGGCUGCGCAACAUGGAGAACGAGGAGAUUAGCAACACUGCCAAAGAACUCAACAGCACUGACAGUGUAACAGACACAGGUUCAUCAGCAUUGAUUACCGCUCCUGCCACUAGCGAGGAUGAUCAGGCUCUUCUGGAGCGGCUGGCCAAGCGUGAGGAGCGUAGACAGAGGAGGAUGAGGGAAGCCCUGGAGAGACAAAAGGAGUUUGACCCCACCAUCACUGAUGGAGAAGCCACCAUCACUACCAGUGAGGACAGACCAAGCCGCAGGAGCCGUCUCGGGGAUAGAGAAGAGGAGACUACCAAUAAUGAGGUUCCAUCCUCAGAGACCAACUCCUGGACAGAGAAGGAAGAAAAGAACAAGGACGAGAAUGUAGAGGAGUCAAAGGUGGAGGUUCAGGAGACAGUCCCAGUAAAGGAGGAACCUGUGCCAGAACCAGCUUCAGAGGAACCAAAAGACACUCAAGAAGACAUUGUGGAGAAGAAAGAGGAAGAGGAGGAAGUAGAGAGGCCCCGGAGAUCCUACCUCAGAGAACAGCGAUCCACUGAAGAAAAAGCCAAAGUGUCAACAAUCGAGGAAAAGGGUGAAGAUCAGUCUGUCAGUACAAACAGUGUGGCUGAGGAGAAAACAGAUACAGGUUUAAACAGUACAGAUUUAGAAAAGAAAGAGAUUAAAGAUGGAAGUUUGUUAUCAAAGGAAGAGAGUCAGGUCGAACCUACAAGAGAAGAAGAAAAAGUCGAGGCAGCUGUCAGUGAGGAACCUGUAAUAUCUAAGACGGAGGAGGAAGAAAAGCUUGUGGAGGAGGAAAAACCGUUAGAGACAUCUGAAACACCUGCUGCUCCAGUGUCACUGGUUCAGGAUGAACCUUCUCUGGUGAACAAGAAAGUGGAGGAACCUCCAAAAGAAACAAUUGAGCCUUCAGUGGAGAAGAAGGAAAAAGAGGAACCGCAGAAAGACACAUUUGAGCCUGCACCAAAAAAGAAAGAGGUAGAGAAAGUAAAGGAAGGAACACAUGAACCACAGGAGAAGAAGGUUGUGGAUAAAGUGAGGCAAGAAGAAGAGAAACCACGAAUACUGGAGAAAAAACCUGAAGAUAAGCCAGAUAGGUCAAAGAGGGAAAUAGAGGUGAAGGUUGAACUUCCAAAGAAACAAGCUGAGGAGAAGCCUCCUGUGAAGGUUAAGGUAGAGGAGAAAGCAGUGCCACCAAAGAAGAUUGAAGAGAAACAACCAGUUUUGAAGAAGGAGGUGGAAGAAAAACCAAAAUGGAAGAAGGAGGCAGAAGAAAAAUUCAAAGCAAAAAUUGAGGACAAAGUUAAACCACAGGAGGUUGUGGAGGAAAAGCCUAAACCAUUCUUUUUACGUGACAAAAACGAAUCAGCGAGGCAGCAGAAUGAAGAGGACACCUCUAAAUUCAAGAAAUCCGAGAAGCCAUUCGGCCGUGUUGGGCUUCGUUCUCCUGAGGUAGAGAAGCUGGACCCUGUGUCGAAGCAGGAGGCCGAACGGAAGUUGGUGGAAUUGAAGCGCCGGAGGAACGAGACAGAGAGUGAGGAGUUUGAGAAGAUGAAGCAGAAACAGCAGACGGCUGAGGCUGAGCUCGAGGAGCUGAAGAAGAAGAGAGAGGAGAGGAGGAAGAUCCUGGAGGAAGAGGAGAAGCAGAAAAAACAGGAGCAAGCGGAAAAGAAGGCCAAGGAGGAGCAAGAGCGGCAGAAGAUGAAGGAAGAGAUCGAGCGCAGGAGGGCCGAGGCAGCUGAGAAGAAACGGCAGAAGGAGGAGUCUACUGAAGACGGCAAGUUGCCGUUCAAAUGUCUGUCUCCAAAAGGAGCCUCAACAAAGAUCGGCGAGAAAGCUGAAUUCCUGAGUAAGUCAGCCCAAAAAAUAACGGUAAAAGUGCCACACACUCCAAUGGUGUGUAAGAUAGGUAACAGGCUGGAGCAGUACACCUCGGCUGUUCAGACCAAGGACGUGAAGUCACCUAAGUCUCCUAAGGACCUUCCUGUGGCAGAGGGAAUGCGCAGCAUCAAGAGCAUGUGGGAGAAAGGUAAUGUGCAGAGUCCUGCUGCUCCAGGACCUGCCAGUCCUGCCACCAUCAACAAGGAAACAGUUGGAUUGAACACGGGAGUGACAGGUCGCAUCAACAGCUGGAAGACCAAGACUCCAGAAACGAAGACUCCUGAAACCAAGCCACCAGAAACAAAGACCUCCGAAGCGAAGAGCGUGAAACCUGCUGAGACGAAGGCGAUUGAGACGAAGACACCAGAAAUGAAGAGCACAAAAGUGGCAGAGAUGAAGAAGACCGAGUCAAAGACGCCCGAACCGAAGAGCUUGAAACCCACUGAGACAAAGUCGACUGAGAAAAAGCCUCUGGAUAUAAAGACCCCUGAAACAAAGCCCACUGACAAAAAGACCCCAGAGAUGAAGACUCCAGCACUAGGAAAACCUGCAGGAGGCAAACCUGAACCAAAGCCGACUGAUGUGUCUAAAACACGCGGCCUGUGGGAAACCAAGGGCUCCACCCCCUCCAAGGGGUUUGGACUUAAGACAACACCGUUUACUAAUGGUACAAGGAAGUAAACACCAAAGCAAACAAUGAGCUUUUGAAACAAGACAAGAUCGCUGCAUACUGCAUACUUUUUAUACUUUAAUAUCCUCCAGUUGUGUAUAAAAUAAAAAUUAUAAUGCUUGGAAUAAUUUCAAAAAAAUAAUGUCAUAACAACCGCAUAAGCACGUGUACGCCUUUAUCUGAGAUCCUGUUUACACCUGGUCAUUUAAUGUAUCUAGGUUUUAAUCUGUUCAGAAUUUAACCACAUGCAUUUACACUUGACAGUGACAGAAAUCUGAGAAAGCUGCAUUGUGAGCAAGAUGGAAAUCAGCGUAUAGCAUUUGACCACCAGGUUCUUGCAUUGUUCCUCACUUCCAGGAAAAAUGGUUUCCGCAAUUAAAAAUCCCAACCGCAUUACAUUCUUCGAAAAUGGUUCCUAAAAGGUUAUUUCAUUUCCGCUUGUAUAUGUAAAAUUUCCCAUCCAUUUAUUAUUCUGAUCAAAUCCAAUAAGUGAUGAGGUGAUAACUGGGUCUACAUGCAUGGUUCUGUGUUUUACUGUAUUGUGUGCUUUAUAGAGUGAAUUUGUUACCAAAAAUGUAGGGAUGCUUGCUGUAUUUUCACACAAGUGUCAGUGGUAAUCACUAAUCUUUCAAGCAAUCCAACAUUUGUUUCAGAGCAUCAUGCUAAAUGUACCUGUGUAAUGAAGAGAAUGAUGUCCAGUUUUGUCUUUUGUCCAGAGUUUGUUUGUUUUUUCAGAUCACUGCAUUGCAGAGCACUGCUAAAAUAUCAGCUUUUAGGCCCAAUGUAGCAUUCACAGUAUUCACAGUAUUCACAGUAUUGAAUAUGAUGCUGCCAUACUAGCCACUUUAAAGGUUGAACGAUUCUUUUUUUUUUCUUUCACAGAAUAGUUUGUUAUCAGGUUGCUGGUCUCGCUGUGAUUUAUAGAGUAUGCAAAUCAUCAUGCUUUAUUAACACAUGUCACAUUUAAACCAGCCUCUGAGUAUCAAAAUGCAAAUCAGCUAUACAAGCACUGCGAAUUCCGAUCUUGGAUGAUCUGUGCCUUAUUAAAUCAGAUUCCUAAUUUAGAAAAGAAUGUCCUUGAGUGUCCUGGCUGUAUCAUGUACCAAAGUGCAACAAAUAAAUUCGAUUAUUAAGAUUCUCAUUACAAGCUGUCUUCUGUCUUCAUUUGAUUUAUGUCAUAUCGCUUGUCCUUUCAGCCAUUUUACAUUCGAGAUCUGAACUUCAGGACUACAAUAGAGGAGACAUACGAAUCCUAACCAUUCUCACAGAUAGGAUUUCAAACGAGAGGCAGGAGGGGAAAAAAGGUCAGACAAGCAGAAUGUGAGGUUUUAGAAUUUCUUUGAUUCGUGUUUGGAAGUCCUGUGCGGUCUAACAAUAGACCAAGGCCUUCAGCACACACCAAUGUGGAAAGGCGUUCUGAUCACAUGGUGUACAGUGUGUUAACUUUGACGGCAGGGCCCACCUGUCUCGACGACACACUCCAAAUCAGAGCCGCUUCUCCCCUGGAAGCUCAGUAGUAAUUGCAAACAGACAUGGCUGACACUGAUGAGGUUGUGGAGGAGGAGGUCCAGUGAGUAGCUCAUUCUUUAACACUUUCAUGCAACAAUUAUUUAAAAACGAAUCCAGGUUCUAUAGAUGUUUUUUUUUUUUUUUAAUUAUUAUUACUUACUUACUGUUUCCUAAAUAUCACAUAUUAAAAAUAAUCUUUUAAUAUUAUUGUCCAUAUAUGGGAAAACCAUGAGCAAUAA